AUGGAAUACUUGUUGUCUUGGACUUUAAGUGUCCCUUUCAUGGAGCCACCUCAAUCGCCUAAGUUUAACUUGCCUCUAUGGCAGCCUUGGAUUGCUCCCGCGCAUAAAGAAACUCCAAGUACAGCCUCCAGUUGUGAGUCGGAGGGAGACCGUACCGUUUCGCCUGAGACGCCGCGCGAACAGCCUAAAGAACUCACCGGCAAAUGGCGGAGGGAGAGGCGCAAUCGUCUUCCCGAAUAUAGACCCAGAGACAGCUGCAAAAUGGCUCUACGAUCGCAGUCCUUCAAUGAAAAGCGUGCCACGACGAGUAUAAUCCGGACGCGGCACAGCGACGGAGAAUUCUCGGAUGAGGCAGACGACGCACCGGCGAACCUAGCACUUCUUGGAAAAGCUCCUCCCGAGUACCCGGGUAAACCGGAGGCUCCGAUAGAUAUGCGUCUGCGCAGCCGCCCAGCGCCGCCCUACACCCGACCAAGUGUCAUUAAGACUAGCGAACCUCCGCCUGAUUCCCUAUCAAUGUGCGACACGGUAAUAGAAGAACACUUCCGCCGCUCUCUCGGCGACAAUUACAUGAAUCUCAUAAAAAAGAACACAGAUGGCGCCCAACCUGGUCCCAAACCGAACACAAAGGACCGGGCGAGCAGUCCCAUACAAUUCAAGGCGGACGAACCGAAGACGACGAAAAUAAUCGCCAUGGACGUCGACGACCCCAGCCUUUCAGUGGACGAUCACUUUGCCAAAGCGCUUGGCGACACCUGGCGGCAGUUGCAGACGAAAAAACCGGACCAAGGGGUUGACGACCACUUCAGCAAAGCCCUCGGCGAUACAUGGAAGAAAAUACAGACGAAACACGAGGAAAAGAAAGAUCAGACGAAAAUUAUUACCAGGAGCGGAGUCGUUAUAUAA